UCCAUUUGUGUGGGAGGCGAGUCCGAAGUGCAAGGAAUAGUUCAAUUAGAAUCUGUUCAGAAUUUAUCAUCAUGACGGGACGUUCAUCGAGCUUUAUCACGUUAAAGAAACAUAUCUUCCUGUUUCUAUUUAUGCUGAGUCAAGUCUCAAGUCAACAGGAAGAUGCUGUACACACUGUGCAGUACAACAAGGACAAUUUUGCAACGGAAAUUAAGAAGAAAAAUCAUUUUGUUAUGUUCUACGCGCCUUGGUGUGGACAUUGUCAGAGGCUUGAGCCAACUUGGGAGCAAUUAGCAGAAAUAUCAAACAAAGAAGAUAACAGUAUAAAAAUUGGUAAAGUUGAUUGUACUACAGAUAGCAGCCUGUGUACUGAACAUGAUGUCACUGGUUAUCCUACGCUAAAAUUUUUUAAAGCUGGAGAAAGCAAAGGCACUAAGUUCAGAGGCACGCGAGACUUGCCUUCUCUACUUUCAUUUUUAAAUGAUCAGCUAGGUACCACUCUUGGGAGUGCAGACACUGUACCGUCUCCUCCUGAAGCAGUAAAUGGUCUGCUGGAAUUAACAGAGAAUACUUUUGGCAAGCAUGUGUCCACUGGCUAUCAUUUUGUAAAAUUUUAUGCACCUUGGUGUGGUCAUUGUCAAAAAUUAGCUCCAACAUGGGAGGAAUUAGCUAACAGUUUACGUAACAAUAAUUAUGCUAGUAUAUCUAAAGUAGAUUGCACACAACACCGUAGUGUUUGUGGGCAAUUUGAUAUAAAGGGAUAUCCGACGUUACUCUGGAUUGAAGAUGGUAAAAAGGUGGAUAAAUAUUCAGGACAGCGUACUCAUGAAGAAUUGAAGGCCUAUGUGUCAAAAAUGCUUGCGAAGAGUAACGAUCAGAUGGACGUUAAGACUGAUAGUUCCGACAGUACAACUCACGCUGUGCUGAGUUUAACCGGCGACAGCUUUAAGCACGGUAUCGAAAAAGGAAUCUCAUUUGUUAAGUUCUUUGCACCGUGGUGCGGUCAUUGCAAACGUUUAGCACCUAUCUGGGAGGAACUCGGAAAGAAGUUCUUCGGCAAUGAGAGCGUGAAUAUAGUAAAAGUAGAUUGCACACUCGACGCGAGCAAAGAUUUGUGCAAUGAACAAGAAGUAGAUGGUUUUCCUACUUUGUACUUAUAUCGCGAUGGACAUAAAGUGUCUGAAUACAAUGGUGCUCGCAACCUAGACGAUCUCUACGACUUUGUGUCGAAUUAUCUCCAACCACACGACGAACUAUAAUUGUAUAUUCUUCUUAUACUGAAUUUAAUUCCGCGACGACAGCGAUAAGUUAAGCUGCCUCUUAAACAUAAACGUGUAGUACCUAAUUUAAUCAUUAUACGAAUGUACGAGACAACAUACGAAACAAACCCCGUGGUAUCCAGGUCGUAUAUUUUUCAUUUUUGUAUAAAAUAUCGAAACAAAAUGUUACAAAACUAUUAUACACAAGUAUUAAGAACUACAAAGAUAUUUUUCCGUGGACAAGUCGUAUACUUCCAAAAUACAUUUACAGAACCAAUAAUUUUAUAAUUUCUUAAUCCCUAUUCAAUUCCUUGUAU